AGGAGUAUAAAUGGGCAAAAAAAGAAAUAUAUUUUGGGUCGCAUUGCCCAAAGAUAAUUAUUUGAAAUUUCCGUGAAAAUUUUGCAAUGAUUUGCAACGGUCAUAAAAGUUUAAUUUUUUAAAAGCGUAAACCCCCUCACCUUAACCUGGCUGAGAUUCGUGAACGCAGAAAAAAUGGCUUCCGUCUACGAGGAGGAGGAGAACUACACAGGAGAAUCCGACGCUGACAUGUAUGACUCCGACGACUCCCUAAAUGAUCCAACUUUCGACAUUCUUGAAGACACACAAUCUAAAUUUUCUAAAAUUUCCAUCUCCAAGAAAACGAAGUCCAGGGUUCGUGUUUCUAAUUCUAAUGAUGGUGAUGCGGAAGGGGAAGAUUCGGCUGAAACCCACGAUAAAGAACUUGAUGAAAAUGACCAGAACAGUUAUGAGAAAAUUCAGAGCAUGAUUCAAGCUGGUGAUGUUAAAAAGCUAAAAGUUGAUCAAUGCAAGAUCUAUUUAAGAAAGCAUAGGUUGAGAUUGACUGGAAACAAAGCCACUCUUAUUCAACGCAUAAAGGAGCAUACCGAUAUUGUGAAUGGUGAUGGAGAGAAGAUGUACCCUGUAUCUAGUUUUGUAUUGAACUGCAAAGGUGAUGCAUGUACUGGAGAUGUUGUCUUCUUUGAACAAAAUGUAUAUGAAACGUUUAACAUUGCAUCCAGGUCUGCUACUGGGCCUCCAUGCGGUACAAGGACCAUUGCUGGAAGAAUUGUUAAAGAGAGCUAUGGCAUGGCUAAACAACAACAUACAUUUACUAUUGAAGUACUAUGGAGCAAAGGGGAGAAACCGCUUCCUCCACUGCAUCCCCUCCUCAUCAAGGGAAGAAACCUUUAUCGGUUAAAAACAAUGAGACAGAGAUGGGAAGAUGAAGGACAGCGGCAAAAAAAUCUGGAAGAAAAACACAGGAGGGGUUCUGUUGCCAGAGCAAAAAGGGGAGUACGUGUGGAGAAAAAGAAAAUGCAACAGGAGCCAAAGCUGAAUAGGAUGGUGAAAGCAGAAUGCCAAAAGCAAACAGCAGCCGCAGAAAAUAAGGAGAACAUAAAGAAUGAAUCCCAGAAGCAGGAUCCAAUGGCUAAAACCAAACAAGGGCAAGCAGUUUUACACAAUGAGAGGGAAAGGAAUCUGCCACAGCCUUUUUAUGGAGGGCCUAACUCGUUCCACGUUGCAAGGAUGCCAUUGCACGACAGCCGGCUUCUUCCACAAGGACAGUAUGGAUCUGCACAACAAUCUAUGACGAGGAGUCCAUUGAAGACAGGGCAGUACACUCAAAGGCAACCUCCUCUGUCAGAUGCUAAUAUGACACAGUAUGGAUGUUACAGAACACCAGGAAAUUGGCAUCAGAACAUGAAUCCUAGCCAUCGGGUCGGAGAGAAUUUCCAGGCGGUUAGUUAUCAUUGGAAUGGUUAUGGUGGAAAUGUUCAUCCAGGUACAGGGGGACAGGGAUGUCAUGAAAAGAGGAGGCCAUGUUCUUAUUAUGCUCAAGGUAGAUGCUAUUAUGGACACAAUUGCAAAUAUUUGCACUGAAAUUAACCCUUAGGGUCUGUUUGGUACACGGAAUCAAUAAAAUUGGAAUUAAAUUCUCCAAUUCUAUGGAAUUGAUUUGGAUGGAAUCGAAUUCUCCCAUUAUUUUUCGCACUACCAAUUCCAAAUCCACGUAUUUUUGUGCUAUCAAACAGCAGAAUUGGAAUUGUUGUCUCCAAUUCUAAUUCUACACUUUGAAUUCCGUGUACCAAACAGAGCCUUUAGGGUUUCGGCCCUCCAAGCAGUAUGCAUAUAGGUAGCCAUUGGAAUGUUGAUUGAAUUGAACCACUCUGUGACAAGUUCUGCAUUUCGUAGGCAACUUGCCUUGACACACCAACGAAACAUGUAAUUUACCUUUGGGG